AACUUGCAACUGAAAGCUCCCAAGUAAGUACCAGACCAGUAAUCCUGCUGCGUCCUGUCACCGCUCCCAUUCCUAGGAAUAGUGAGUGCUCUCACAUUAGACUUCUAUUUCUUUCAGCCUUUCUCAGCCCUCCGCGCAUUGAAGAGUCCCCGGGCCUGUGCUAGUUCCAGGCACUAACACGCAUCUUAAGUUCUCCUUUCCCGAUCAGUCCUCCAUUGCAAGAUACUACACCCACCAUUCGAACAUUCAACAUGACCACCGACGAGGACAAGAAGUCCCGCAGCCGCGUAUUCUUCGAUAUCACGAUUGGUGGAAAACCGGCUGGGCGGAUCAUUUUCGAGCUAUACAAUGAUGUAGUGCCCAAGACAGCCGAAAACUUCCGCGCUCUGUGCACUGGCGAGAAAGGCGUGGGCAAGGGGGGCAAGCCCCUGCACUAUAAGGGCUCGAUUUUCCACCGGGUCAUCAAGGAGUUCAUGAUUCAAGGUGGUGAUUUCACUGCUGGAAAUGGCACUGGUGGUGAAUCUAUUUACGGCGCCAAAUUCGAGGACGAGAACUUCGAAUUGAAGCACGACCGCCCUUUCCUGCUGUCGAUGGCCAAUGCUGGCCCAGGAACCAAUGGCUCUCAGUUCUUCAUCACGACGGUCCCAACCCCUCAUCUCGACGGCAAGCAUGUCGUAUUCGGAGAAGUCCUCAGUGGCAAGUCUGUCGUCCGCCAGGUUGAGAAUCUUAGAACCGUGAGCGAUAAGCCCACCAAGGAUGCCGUGAUUGCGGACUGCGGCGAGCUGUCGCCGUCCGAGGUCGUUGCCGCCGAUACCAAAGCCCCUGACGCUUAUGGCGACGAGUACGAAGACUUCCCCGAGGACCAAGUGACGGGGGACGAGGUCCUGUCUGCUUCCCAGAUCCUGAAGAUUGCGACGGACUGCAAGGACUUCGGUAACAAGGCUUUCAAGGCAGGCGACCUCAGCGUAGCCCUCGACAAGUACCAGAAGGGACUGCGAUACCUGAACGAGGACCCGGAUCUGGACAAGGAACCGGCAGAUACCAAGACACAGAUGGAUGCUCUGCGAAUCAGCUUGAACAGCAAUGCCGCGUUGAUGAACCUCAAGCUCGGCGCGUGGGAUGAGACUGUCCGCGCUGCGGACAAUGCCCUUGCCGUCUCGGGCAUCUCGGACAAGGACAAAGCCAAGGCUCUCUAUCGGCGCGGCUACGCGCAGGUACGCUUGAAGGAUGAGGAUGCCGCUCUGGAGAGUCUGGAGCAAGCGAAGAAGCUGGCGCCGGAAGAUGCGGCCAUCAACGCGGAGCUUGUAACGGUCAAGAAAGCAGCCGCGGCGAGACUUGCCAAGGAAAAGGCUGCCUACAAGAAGUUUUUUAGCUGAUGUCAUGAUACUACACGCCGUAGGUACCUACCUAGGUAGGCAGGCAUUCAUCGGUGGCCGCACACCUUGUCUUUUCAGGCAAGGGCAAGACCAGCAGAGUAAAAAAGGAAACCCGAUUCGGGCAUACUGACCCGUAAUUG